GCCACAGAGAACUAGCUCCAAUCCGCGGAUAAGUUGUCAAUUAUUUUGAAUCUUUUCUUUGGUUAACUUCCCAUGAUAAUUCAAACUCUUUGUAGUAUCAGCAAGCACAGGCUAAAAGACUCUGCAACCUUGGCUCAGAUAAUCCAAACCUACGCUAAAACCAAUCAAUUAGCCAAAGCAAAACAGCUUCAUUCUCACUUAAUCGCUUCAGGCUAUCCAAUAUGCACAUUUUUAAUCAAUCAUCUCAUCAACAUGUACUCCAAAUGUGGAGAAUUAGAUUAUGCCGUGAAAUUGUUUGACAAAAUGCCUCUAAGAAACCUUGUUUCUUGGACCGCAAUGAUCACAGGAUUUUCUCAAAAUUACAACUUUACAAAAGCUAUGGAAACAUUUUGUGAAAUGAGAAUUGCCCAAGAAAGCCCGACCCAGUUUGCAUUUUCCAGUGUUAUUCAAGCCUGCGUGCCUCCUGGAUUCAUUGAGUUUGGGAGACAGGUGCAUUGCCUUGCUUUGAAAUGCGGGUUUGGGGGUGAAUUAUUUGUUGGUAGUAAUUUGGCGGAUAUGUAUUCCAAGUUUGGUGUGAUUGGAGAUGCUUGUAAGAUUUUUGAGGAUAUGGAAUUUAAAGAUGAAGUAUCAUGGACAGCUAUGAUUGAUGGGUAUGCCAAGAACGGUGAUUUCGAGGGUGCCUUAUUGGCUUAUAAAAGGUUGGUUAAUGAGGGAAUUGUGACGGAUCACUAUGUUCUUUGCAGUACUUUAAGUGCUUGUGGAGCACUUAAGUUUUGUAAUUCUGGAAUGUGUCUUCAUUCAGUAGUUGUUAAAUUGGGAUAUGAAUUGCAUAUUUCAGUAGGAAACGCCCUUGUUGAUAUGUACUCGAAAGUGGGAGAUAUGGGAAGUGCUCAGAAUGUGGUUGAUUCUAAGUUAAGGAACAUCGUGUCUUAUAGUUCUUUGAUUGAUGGGUAUGUUAAAUUGGAUCAAAUGGAAAAGGCUUUGAGUGCUUUUGUUGAGCUGCACAGGCAAGGGAUUGAACCUAAUGAGUUUACUUUUUCUAGCCUAAUCAAGGCUUGUGCUAACAGUACUGUAAUUGAGCAAGGGACCCAACUUCAUGCUCAAGUGAUUAAAUUUAAUGUUGAGAGGAACCCUUUCGUUUCUUCAGUUCUUGUAGAUAUGUAUGGAAAAUGUGGAUUGCUUGAUGAUUCAAUUCAAGUUUUUAGUGAGAUUGAAAGUCCCAAUGACAUUGCAUGGAAUUCAAUUAUAAAUGUGUUUGGUCAGCACGGUUUAGGAAAAGAUGCCUUGGAAAGUCUUGACAAGAUGAUACAUGAAGGAGUGAAACCAAAUGCAGUAACAUUUGUUAGUCUUUUAACGGGCUGUAGCCAUGCUGGAUUAAUUGAUGAAGGCUUAAAGAUCUUUCAUUCUAUGGAGAAAACUUAUGGGGUAGUGCCUAGAGAAGAACAUUACUCUUGUGUUAUCGAUUUACUUGGUCGGUCUGGAAGGCUCAAAGAAGCUGAAGAAUUUAUUAAUAACAUGCCAUUUGAGCCAAAUUCUUUUGGAUGGUGUUCUUUUCUUGCGGCCUGCAGGAUUCAUGGUGAUAAGGAGAGGGGUGAAGUUGCUGCAGAAAAGCUGAUGCUGCUCGAACCUGAAAACAGCAGGGUGGCUCAUGUUUUGCUUUCAAAUAUUUAUGCAAAAGAAAAGCAGUGGGAAGAUGUGAGGAAUCUGAGGAAGAUGAUGAAAGAUGGCAGUGUUAAAAAAUUGCCUGGUUAUAGUUGGGUUGAUGUUGGAAACAAAACGCAUAUAUUUAUAGCUGAAGAUUGGUCUCAUCCCCAAAAGAAAGAAAUUUAUAAGAAGCUUGACUGUCUCUUAGAUCAGAUAAAAGAAGCUGGGUAUAUUCCUUGCACGCAAUCGAUUCAGCAGGAUACAGAUGACAGAACGAAGGAAAAGCUUCUUCAUCAUCACAGUGAAAGAAUAGCUAUUGCAUUUGCUCUAAUAAGCAUGCCAAUUGGGAAGCCAAUAAUUGUGAAAAAAAAUUUAAGGGUGUGCUCAGAUUGCCACUCUGCAAUCAAGUACAUCUCUAAGGUGACUGGAAGAAAAAUUAUUGUCAGGGAUAACAGUAGGUUUCACCAUUUUGCUGCUGGAUUGUGUUCCUGUGGAGAUUAUUGGUGAUGGCUUAAUGGGUUAUUUGAAGUUGAGAUAUUUACCAGUCCAAAGAACUAAUUCAACGUCAGAAAUACUUUGAUUUCUUUUUCAUACGUUGCCUGGCUUCAACACAAACUAUAGCCAUCAUGUAGAAUAUCACCAACACAAGCGCGUUCUGAGUUCUAAUUGCAACAGCAUUUUGCACUUGGAUGUAUCAAUAAUAUAAAUGGAGUUCAUCCACUCUUUGCCAUGUCUAAGAAGUCAGCAUAAAAAAUAUGCAUGUACAAUAUGCAUUAUCCAAUGGGAUAUUCUUCAUUUAUGAAAAACUUUUGAAGUGAAUAAUGUAAAGGUUAAUAAUCUAUAUUUAUUUUUUGAGGUA